UUCUUCCGCCGUAGCGUGAUCUGCGACUCCAACGCCACGGCCUUGGAGCUACCCAGUUUGCAGCCCGCAGCGCCCGCGGCCCCUGUCUCGGGAGGCAGCGCCGCUCCGUUGGUCUCUCCUCCCGAGUGUGCCAGCCGGACCUCUUGCAUCGCUGUCAGCGCCGCCCAGGCCCCCUUGCUACUGCAGCAGCAGCCGCCGCUGCCUGCCCCGCUUCCCCUCGAAGGACAGUCUGUUCAGGAGCCCACUGUCGCGAAGGAUGCCGCCCCGCUGCUGCCCAAGGAGGAGGAGGAGGACGAGGCAACCGCGCUCCCCCCCACCAUGGCUGGCGGCACGUCAGCUGCCAGCCGGGAAUUUGAGGACCGGAGAACACAGCAGGAAGACAUCGAAGAGGUAGAGACCAAGGCAGUAGGCAUCUCCCCGGAUGGCCGCUUUUUGAAGUUUGACAUCGAGAUUGGAAGAGGCUCUUUCAAAACUGUGUAUAAAGGACUGGAUACGGAUACCACUGUGGAAGUCGCCUGGUGCGAGCUGCAGGAUCGGAAGCUGUCCAAGUCGGAGCGACAAAGAUUUAAAGAGGAAGCCGGGAUGCUGAAAGGCCUUCAGCAUCCCAAUAUUGUCAGGUUCUAUGAUUCCUGGGAGUCUACAGUCAAAGGAAAAAAGUGUAUUGUUCUUGUGACGGAACUCAUGACAUCUGGGACAUUGAAAACGUAUUUGAAAAGAUUUAAAGUGAUGAAAAUCAAAGUACUGCGAAGCUGGUGCCGUCAGAUACUGAAAGGCUUACAAUUUCUACACACGCGCACUCCUCCCAUCAUUCAUAGAGACUUAAAAUGCGACAACAUCUUCAUUACUGGCCCCACUGGAUCAGUCAAGAUUGGAGAUCUUGGUCUGGCAACCCUGAAACGAGCUUCUUUUGCCAAAAGUGUGAUAGGUACCCCAGAGUUCAUGGCCCCCGAGAUGUAUGAGGAGAAAUAUGAUGAAUCCGUUGAUGUAUAUGCUUUUGGGAUGUGUAUGCUAGAGAUGGCCACGUCUGAGUAUCCUUAUUCCGAGUGCCAAAAUGCUGCGCAGAUCUACCGUCGAGUGACCAGUGGUGUCAAGCCAGCCAGCUUUGAUAAAGUAGCAAUCCCUGAAGUGAAGGAGAUCAUUGAGGGAUGCAUUCGGCAGAACAAAGGCGAAAGAUAUGCUAUUAAGGACCUUUUGAAUCAUGCUUUCUUCCAAGAAGAGACUGGAGUACGGGUAGAACUAGCAGAGGAAGAUGAUGGAGAGAAAAUUGCCAUUAAACUCUGGCUGCGAAUCGAAGACAUCAAAAAACUCAAGGGCAAAUAUAAAGAUAAUGAGGCAAUAGAGUUUUCCUUUGACUUGGAGAGAGAUGUCCCAGAGGAUGUAGCACAGGAGAUGGUGGAAUCUGGCUAUGUCUGUGAAGGGGAUCACAAGACAAUGGCGAAAGCUAUCAAGGACAGGGUUUCUUUGAUUAAGCGAAAGCGAGAGCAGCGUCAGUUGGUGCGAGAAGAACAGGAGAAGAAGCUUCAGGAAGAAGGUAGUCAGAAGCAGCAGCUGGAGCAACAGCAACCAUCAAGUGCUUCCCAUGCAGGGUCAAAGCAUCCCCUAUCUGUCACUGGUACUACACCUGUCCCCACUACUUCAGCAUCGGUUUCUACACAAGUGGAGCCUGAAGAGCCAGAAGCUGAUCAACACCAACAGCUGCAGUUCCAGCAACCCAGUAUAUCUGUUCUUUCUGAUGGGACGAUUGACAGUGGCCAGGGGUCAUCUGUUUAUACUGAAUCGUGUGUGAGCAGUCAACAGACUGUGUCGUAUGGUUCCCAGCAUGACCAGUCAGGCUCGACAGCUGCUGUCCAGGGAUAUGCAGCUUCAGUUGGCCAAGUGCAGUCACAGCAGCAUGGAGGAUUUCAGCCACCUGCAGCGCUUCAACGUGGUCGUAGCAUGUCAGUUUGUGUCCCCCACCUUCCUGCUCUUCCCUCUAUGUCCUGCAUCCCUCUCAGUGCUCCUUGCACCCCACCACCAGCGCUGUCUGCACCUCUUUCUCCUUUCUACCUUCGGACUGUCCCUGAAGAAACCUUUGCAGAAAAGCUUUCUAAAGCCCUGGAAAGUGUCCUGCCCAUGCACUCUGCCUCUCCACGCAAGCAUCGACGCUCCAGCCUGCCCUCCCUCUCUGUCAGUCCUCCUCAGCAUCCGCGUGGGGGAACACCAACGUUCCCAGAUUCACAGAUAUUUUUCCCAACCGUUCAUGAACGGCCGGUGUCUUUCUCGCCACCACCUGUCUGCCCGCCGAAGGUGGCAGUCGCUCAGCGGCGCAAGAGCACUUCAUUUUUGGAAGCCCAAACUUGCCACUUCCAGCCAUUGCUGAAGACUGGCCAGAGCUUAGUUCCGCCCGGUGGUAGCCCCGCCAAUUGGACACCAGAGGCGUUCGUUAUGCUGGGCACAGCAGCUCAGAGAGUCGCUGGAGAGCCUCUGCAUGUGCAAGUUAACCCCGUGUUUGAGCCAGCUCCUGUACAGAGUGACUAUAGAUCUGGACCAACACCUCCAGAGGAUGCUCACUACAGAAUGCAUCCGGAAGCUGUAUAUUUGGUGGGCAUGCACUAUCCAUCACAGGUAUCGGAGCAGUAUGAUCAAGUAGCUUAUAACUCUCAUGCGACUGAACAACAUUUGAAGCAGGUCUCUGAGUCAAACCAGGGGCAAGGUGGUCCUCCACAAAGCUCUGUGUUCGACUUUCAAUCGGGGCAAGCGUACCUGGCAAGACACGUUCAGAACCUGAGGCUGGAUUCUGGGAUGGGUCCCCUUUCUCCAUUAUCCAGUGUUUCAGCUCCUCUGAGUGCAGAUCCUGCUCAGAUGACGUUCCACCAGGUAUUUGUUCCACACUCUGCCCCGGCUGUGCUCUCUCACAGUGGUGAUGGCAGAGCGAGCUGUGUCUUUGAGUUCCAUGUGCACACACCGACUUCUGCGCCAGCAGAAGGGGCCGUUUUACCCCAGCACAUCUACCGAAGCCGCCGGGGUUCUAUGGAGACCAGUCAAGAGGAAUCCACUCCAGGCAUAGGGUUGCAUGGUCGGCUUCAGCCUGUGACAGAGGAGCAGUCUAACUAUCUUGGUCCUGAGUUAGCAGGUCCCAGAGGGGGGUCUGCCAGGUGGAGCUGGCCGGAAGGAAGCCCAGAAUACUCCAGUGAUUCCUCACAGCUGACUUCCUCUGACACUGUCGAUUUCCAGUCUCCCCCCCCUACAGGGGGGUCAUCGUCUGCUUUUGGUUCAGACUUCUCAUUGCCCAUUGUUCAGCUGCCUCAGAAGGUGUUGCAAGAGUCGCAGCUCUUCAUCUGCUUCCCCCAGGGAGCCUCGACUCCGCAGGCCUUGUCCACCUCGCUUUCAUCAGGACCACCUGCACUCUAUCCUCAGACACAGGUGCAAGGCCAGUCAGCUUCAAGCAGCGCAGCGGUGCCAUCCCAACCUACCCAACACACUCAGCAGAAUGCACAGCAGACAGCCUCUUCCCAACAGCCUGGACAGUACCAGCUGCAGCAGCCAUCAGUUUCUGCUGGUGCCCCUCCCACCCAAACUGUCUCUCAAACUCAAACUUCACAGAUUAUGCCAAUGCCUCAGGCAGCAGCUGGGACACAGCUUCCUGUUUCCCAACCAGUGUCGAUCAUCCAAGGCGAGCCUCAAUUACCUGUUGCAGCACCUUCUCUCCCUCAGCCUUCAGUUGCCCCAUCAGUCCCCAUUGGCUCUCAUUUCCUACCCAUGGGACAGCCCUUGCCAACUUCCAUGGUUCCCCAGUUCUCGGUCUCGCAGUUGCCCGUAGCAGCUCCUCAUGUGUCAGUGGCGCAGCCGGCUUUCCAGUCACUGCCCAUUUCAAUGGCAGCUGGCAUGAAUCAGCCAUUGCUCACGCUGGCAACGUCUGCUGCGGCAACCGCUGUCCCUGUAGGAUCAACCGUUGGCCCUAGCCAGCUCCCCACAGUGAUGCAGCCUGUGGCUCAGUUGCCCAGCCAGGUUCUCCCGCAGCUCCUGCAGCCGGCUGUCCAGUCCGUGGGAUUGCCAGUCAGCAUUGGACAAGCUGCUGAAGCUUCAGUUCCUGCUGGAGAUGCUCUUUACCAGGGCUUCCCGUCUCGGUUGCCGCCUCAGUAUCCUGGCGACUCGAACGCUGCACCUUCCUCUGCUGUGGCCUCUGUUAGCAUUCCUACUGCCGUACUGUCCCCUCCCUUACCCACGGACGCGAUGGCUCAGCCGGGCUAUCUUGCUCCUGUUGUGCAGCCGUAUGUGGAGCAGAAUGUUUUAGUUCCCAUGGGCAGCCUAGGAGGACAGGUUCAAGUACCCCAGCCUACAGUGAGUUUAGCACAACAGGCCUCUUCCGCCUCCUCGCAGCAGGCAGUUUUGGAGCAGAAUGUCAUGCCAAUGUGGGGACCUUGUUGCCACUGGCUGUUCUGUUGGGAAGGUACUCAGGGAGUCUCACAGACUGCUCCUUCGGAGACUAUUCCAGCAACACAGCCUGCUCAGUCUACCCCUUUGGCUUCCUCUAUGGAUAGUGCACAUUCUGAUGUUGCUUCAGGAUUGAGUGAUGGCAACGAGAAUGUUCCAGCUUCCAGCGGAAGGCAUGAAGGGAGGACUACGAAACGUCACAUGCGGAGGUCUGUCCGCAGUCGCUCUCGCCAUGAGAAGACUGCUAGGCCAAAACUGAGAAUUCUCAAUGUUUCAAAUAAAGGUGAUCGGGUAGUGGAAUGCCAGCUGGAGACACACAAUCGCAAAAUGGUUACUUUCAAAUUCGAUUUGGAUGGUGACAACCCUGAGGAAAUAGCUUCAAUUAUGGUGCAGAAUGAGUUUAUUUUAGCAACUGAGAGAGACUCGUUUGUGGAACAGGUACGAGAGAUUAUUGAGAAAGCCGAUGAAAUGCUCAGUGAGGAUGUAAGUGUGGAGCCAGAAGGUGAUCAGGGUUUGGAGAGUAUGCAGACAAAAGAUGACGGCUUCUUUCCAGGGUCGCAGAAAUUAGAGUUCAAACAGCCAGAUCCUACAUCUUCCAUGCCACAAAGAAUAGGGGUUCCUCCUAGCUCCUUUACCCAGGUUGUGCAUUCUGCAGGAAGACGGUUUAUUGUCAGCCCUGUCCCUGAGAGUCGGUUAAAAGAACAGGGCUUUUUCACAUCUCCUGUUCCUGGAGGAAAAGAAGCUUCAGAUAUGGUUGCUGCAUCUCCACUACACGGCCCUGGAAUGAAUCUCUCCCACUCAGCAUCAUCGCUGAGCUUGCAGCAAGCUUUCUCUGAGAUGGGGCAUGCUCAAAUGACAGAAGGACCUAGUACAGCUCCCCCUGUGUUCAACCAAACAGUACCACCAUUUCCACCUGCACUUUCUACCAUGGCGGGCAGUGGUGCACCUGCCGCAUCUGUGGCGGCUGCUUCAAUAUCCGUUCCCUCCAGCACAGGGGUUUCUCUUCCAGGAUCUGUUACUUUGCCUUCAGAGAGUGCAGCUGUUGGAGUUGCACCAAGCGCAAGUGUGCCAAGCUCUAUCUCUCCACCUCCAGCCUCACAGUCUGGGCAGCAAUCGACUGGUGUCCCUUCCAGUGUGAGCGCCCCUGCUUCUUUCUCCUUACCUAGCACAUCCCAGCCGGCUCAGCCAGUAACUGGAGACAUUCCCCCCAGUAUGAGCACACCGUCUUCGUUGGCACUGCCAUCUACCCAGGGUCCUGGGGUCACUGGUCUUGGUGGUGUCGCACCAGCUGUGACAUCUCAAUCUACUCCUCAGAUUGUGAGUAGUAUGGCAGCACCACAGACAUCCGUUGCCCUGUCUGUGGCUCAGAAUGUGGCUUUGCCGCUUCCUCAGCUUAGUAGUAGUGGCUCUGUCUCCAAUCUGGCAGAAACAACAGUUGUAAGUGCUCUGCAGUCACUGCCUGAGAGUGGGCAGUCUAUGGAUACAUCACAGCUCUGCAAUGCAGCUGGCUUAUCUCUCCCAGUCUCUGCACCUUUAUCGUCCUCAGCAGCAACAAGCAUAUGUGGUUCGGUCAUUCAGCCUGUGAUACAUCCCUUACUUGUCCCAUCAGGAGUUACAUCAACACCUGUCCUACCCCAGAUUCCAAGUGCAACACCCAUGUUACCCCAGGUUCCCUUACCUGGUGUCUUACCGCAGCCGGUUACUAACCUGCCUGCAGUCCAGCAAACUUUGAUACACAGCCAGCCUCAGCCAGCUUCGUUACCCAAUCAGCCUCAUAUUCACUGUCUGGAGGCUGAUGCAGAUGCUCAGUCUAAAGCUCCUGGAAUUGAUGAUAUAAAGACUCUGGAAGAAAAGCUACGGUCUCUCUUCAGUGAACACGGUAACGUGGGAGUAGCACAUCCAUCGGUAUCUUUGGAGACAUCGUUGGUAAUGGAAACUACAGUUAUUCCUGGGAUACCGACUACUGUUGUUGCACCAACUAAACCCCUGACAUCCAUAAGCACUUGUAUACCUCCGAGCAGCUUGCCUCUUGGACCUACUGGCUUGCCGGUGCUGACGCCGGUUGCCACUCCCGGACAGGUGAUCACCCCAGUCAGCUAUAUUUCGGCAUCGAGCAGCAUUGCAACAGCAGUGGUGAAACCAGGGACCUCUCCUUCGAAGCCCCCUCUUAGCAGGGUACCGGUGCUACCAGUAGGUUCUGAACUUCCGGCUGGCACUCCAUCCAGUGAGCCGCUGCCACCUUUUCCAGGACCUUCACUAACUCAG